AAAAGGCGAAAAAUGCCAAGUAGCAGACUUCUAGAUGCCACUAAUGGUGCUUCAAGUGAGAGUGAAGAAGAAGCAGGACUGCAGCAGAGUGACAGACGUCUACCUGAGGCCCCACCAAUCAGCCAAGUUAAAAUUUUAACACCCUUGCAGACUGCUAAUACUGGAAGUCGCAGUACUUUUCCCUGGCUGAAGAAUCCACCCCUCCCUCAGGAAAUGAUGUGGCAACCUACUGAUGCCCUACGUGGAGAGCAUGACCUAAACAAAAACCGUGCAGACUUGUUUUCCUCACCACCACCUCCUCCAGAGCCUUCAAAAGUUCAGAAGUCCUGGAUACCAUCUGAAGUCAAUCAGUUUCACCAAGACCAUGCAAAAACUUGGACAUCACCAUCACAGCUACAAAGGACUCCUGCUGAAGUACCCCAAUUUCCUCAAGGUUGGGCUAAUUCAUUUACCCAGCAACAAUCACAACAGCCACCAAGAGUUUGGAGCAAUCUAACUUCAUUUGAAGCACUACUUCGGGAAGUCCUAACAAAGAAAUCAUCCUUGAGCAACACAUUUAUUUUGCGUCUUCAAGCACGGCAAAACACCCAGGAUUGUGAAAUUGAAGAAGGGCUUCUGCCAGUGCAUGAUAUAGAAGCGCUACAAAAUGUGGAAGUACAACUUGGUAAUGGAGAAUUCAAAGAGAGAUUGCUGCAGUUCGAAAAAAUCCACUGAUGUCCAAAGCAACAGAUCAUGAUGUGGAAUCUGUCAUGAAAAGAUGGCUCCAGCUUGCUUUAGAUCGAGAGGGCGGCAGAAAACGGCGGCAAAAAAGACUCAUAAGAUGUCUCUUGUUCAAUCAACCACCCACCCACUAGUAUGUGUGUCAGUACACUGUCUAUGCAAAUAUUCACAUACUAGUCAUUCAUUUUGUUUCCAAUAUUCAUUAAAAUUUAGGAUGGGGGGGGAGAAAAAAAAUACUAAAUUUUCAAUUUUGUGAAAUAUUUUUCUUACCAUGUGCUUUACUUUUCUGAA